AUGGCCGGGCUUUCUCUUCAGUCUACAUACCAGCUGACCUCGGGCCACUACAUCCCCAGGGUUGGCUUUGGCGUUUACAAGACUCCUGCUGAUGUCACCGAGAAAGUGGUCCUCAAGGCCCUGGAGCUGGGCUACCGCCAUAUCGACUGCGCCAAAAUGUACCAAAAUGAAGCGGAGAGCUGUAACGCUAUUCGCAACUCCGGACUUCACCGGUCGCAGAUCUUCUACACGAGCAAGGUCCCCAGCACCAGCAUGGGCUACGAGAAGGCGAAGCAGGCUAUUGCAGAGAGUAUUACUGCCGCUAACAUUGGCUACAUUGACCUGAUGCUGGUCCACGCACCCUACGGCGGUAAGGAGAGCCGACUGGGUACAUGGCGUGCUCUGGUCGAGGCCCAGAAGGCGGGCUACAUUCGGUCGCUUGGUGUUUCCAACUACAGCGUCCAGCAUCUCGACGAGCUGGAAGAGUACAUCAAAAACGGAGGUGGUGGUGAGAUUUCCGUUGCCCAGUAUGAGAUCCACCCUUGGUGUCCGCGGGAUGAUAUUGUGGCGUGGCUGCAGAAGCGCUAUGUCAUUAUCCAGGCGUAUGCGCCUCUGGUGCAGGGAACUCGUAUGAAGGAUCCCGUUCUUCAGAAGUUGUCGCAGAAGCAUGGCAAGAGCCCCGCUCAGAUUCUGGUCCGUUGGAGUCUGCAGAAGGGAUAUAUUCCUCUUCCCAAGUCUGUUACCGACUCGCGCAUCCUGGAGAACGCGCAGAUUUUCGAUUUCACCCUGUCGGCGGAGGACAUGGCGAAUUUGACGCUGAACGAGUAUUCGCCCGUGUCUUGGGACCCAGUCCGCGACUGCAAGCUGUAA